CUAAAAGGGCUCUCCGGGUUCAUGUUCCAACUUGUCAGUGGGACCAAAAUUAUGGUGUUUCACUUUUGAUGCCUUUGUUCAAUAUGAAAACUGAAUAAACGUCUGAGUGCCUUCGUCUUCAAAUUUAAAGAAUGAUUCAGGUCCUUAACUGACAGAGGAUGGCUAAGCCCAGCCACAGCAGCUACGUCCUGCAGCAGCUCAACAACCAGAGGGAGUGGGGUUUUCUCUGUGACUGUUGUAUUGCAAUCGAUGACAUCUACUUCCAAGCACACAAAGCCGUCCUCGCUGCCUGCAGCUCCUAUUUUAGGAUGUUUUUCAUGAACCAUCAGCAUAGUACUGCACAGCUAAAUCUCAGCAACAUGAAAAUUAGCGCUGAGUGUUUCGACCUCAUUUUGCAGUUCAUGUAUUUGGGAAAAAUCAUGACAGCUCCGUCCAGUUUUGAGCAGUUUAAAGUGGCCAUGAACUACCUACAACUGUACAAUGUUCCCGACUGCCUAGAGGACAUACAGGACGCAGACUGCUCUAGUUCAAAAUGUUCAUCUUCUGCAUCCAGCAAACAGAACAGCAAAAUGAUAUUUGGAGUGAGAAUGUAUGAAGAUACUGUGGCUAGAAAUGGCAACGAAGCCAACAGGUGGUGUGCAGAGCCAAGUUCAACAGUGAACACACCGCAUCACAGAGAGCCUGAUGAAGAAUCUUUACAGUUAAAUAAUUUUCCUGAACCACUGUUUGAUGUCUGCAAAAAAAGUUCCGUGUCCAAAUUAUCUACUCCGAAAGAACGGGUGUCACGCCGCUUUGGCCGGAGUUUCACCUGUGAUAGCUGUGGGUUCGGCUUUAGCUGUGAAAAGUUACUAGAUGAGCAUGUGUUAACCUGUACCAACAGGCAUUCCUACCAAAACACAAGAUCUUACCACCGAAUAGUAGAUAUUCGAGAUGGGAAAGACAGUAACAUCAAAGCUGAGUUUGGUGAAAAAGAUUCUUCUAAGGCGUUCUCCCCCCAGACAGACAAGUACAGAGGAGACACGAGCCAGGCUGUGGAGGACUCGACUUCAACCACUGAGAGCAGGAAAAGCAGCACGGUGGAGUCUGAGAUGGCCAGCGAGGACAAAAGCAGGGCUGCCGAUAGGAAACGGAUCGUUAUUAAGAUGGAGCCAGAGGAUAUUCCCACGGAUGAGCUCAAAGACUUUAACAUUAUUAAAGUGACUGACAAAGAUGGCAACGAGUCCACUGACAACGACGAGCUGGAAGAUGAACCCGAAGAGCCCUUUUACAGGUACUAUGUUGAAGAAGAUGUCAGCAUUAAGAAGAACAGCAGGAAGACCCUGAAGCCGCGCAUGUCAGUCAGCGCAGACGAACGCAGGGGGAUGGAAAACAUGAGGCCCCCGAACCACAGCAGCCCAGUCCAGGAGGACUCGGAAAACGCAUCCUGCGAGCUAUGUGGGCUCACGAUAACGGAGGAGGACCUGUCCUCGCAUUACUUAGCAAAGCACAUUGAAAACAUCUGUGCGUGCGGUAAGUGUGGACAGAUACUUGUCAAGGGCAGGCAACUUCAGGAACACGCACAGAGAUGCGGAGAACCCCAGGAUCUGACAAUGAAUGGGUUAGGCAAUAGUGAGGAAAAGAUGGACAUGGAAGAAAACCCCGAUGAGCAGUCUGAGAUAAGAGACAUGUUUGUUGAAAUGCUGGAUGACUUUAGGGACAACCAUUGCCAGAUCAACAGUAUCCAAAAAAAGCAGUUAUUUAAACAUUCUACCUGUCCUUUCCGAUGUCCUAAUUGUGGCCAGCGUUUUGAAACUGAAGAUCUAGUGGUGGGACAUAUGUCAAACUGCCUCGACCAGGAUAUGUUUAAGAGUGCCAUCAUGGAAGAAAACGAGAGAGACCACAGACGAAAGCAUUUUUGUAAUCUGUGCGGAAAGGGAUUUUAUCAGCGGUGUCACCUGAGAGAACACUAUACUGUUCAUACUAAGGAAAAACAGUUUGUGUGUCAGACAUGUGGAAAGCAGUUUUUAAGAGAACGCCAGUUGCGACUGCACAAUGAUAUGCACAAGGGCAUGGCCAGGUAUGUCUGUUCCAUUUGUGAUCAAGGAAACUUCAGAAAACAUGACCAUGUACGGCAUAUGAUUUCUCAUUUAUCUGCUGGUGAGACGAUAUGCCAGGUCUGCUUUCAGAUAUUCCCGAGUAACGAGCAGCUGGAGCAGCACAUGGAUGUUCAUCUGUACACAUGUGGAAUUUGUGGAGCAAAGUUUAAUUUGAGGAAAGAUAUGAGAUCACAUUAUAAUGCCAAGCAUUUGAAAAGAAGCUAAGUGAUUUUCUACUGUACUAAUGUUUAGUUGCUAAGAGAUACAACACCAAAGCAAAGGAUAUGAGCUAUUUAGACAUCAAUUUAAGAUGAAUUGUUGGGAAAAUUUUUGAAGGCCCUUUUACCUUUAAUAUUUUUAUUUAGGACCUUAAGUACGUAUUAGGUGUUUAAUGUUUAUCUUUUUUUUUGUUGUUGUUUCUUAAUAGAAUUCUUUGUUUUUUAGUUUUUUUUAGUUGUGAUUGCAAUUACUUUUAAAUGUAGAUUGCUGGUUGUUACCCUUUCGGUGACUAUAAAAUUUUACCUUUUUUUUUUUAAAUCAAAGUCAUGACAUCACUAUUUUUAUUUUUAUUUAAGGUUAUUCUGUGAAAUUUUAAACCCCACAUCAUUGGCCCUUCCUGUUCAAAUUUUUUUUUAUGAAAAAUUUUUAAGUAAUUAAUUUUUUGAAACUAUCCUAUUUGUUUUUAGGAGUUUUUUUGGUUUUGAUCAGUUGAACAGUGAGUUAACUACUUUUUAUUCUCCCUUAUUAUCAGUGAAAUUCUUAUUCUUAAAUUGACAAGCUCAUUGGGCAAGUUAGGUGCACUGACUCUCACCUGUGAGGUUGACAUGGGCUCAGACUUGGCCUAAAAAGAGAAAUGGACCUGAGGAAGUUCCUAUAAAUGAAUAUUUCCUAUAAUUGAUAAAAUAUUAUCAUUUAAUAAUCAGAUUUAAAACUUAUAUUAAGUGUAAAUCCUAAUGACUUUCCCCCUCAUGAGAGGUUAGUGGGGAGAAGCCAUUUUGUUUUGUGAUGGUAAAUUUAACUAUGAUAGUUAAUUAAAAAGACAUAUCUUGUAUUCACUAAAGAUAUCUUAAUUUAAAAUAUUCUGAUUUCUAAAGUGUGUUAGUUUAUCAGUUAUUUUUGUUUAUAAAUAGACUUUACUAGCUCUCUAGGACUAUGACAUCUAAAGAAAAAUGAUUUUUCACCUUUAAAAUUACAUACUUUUGGAACUUUGAGAUUUGAGAAAGCUGCCAUGUAUAUUAAUAAAUAUAAUAAAAUAAAGAAAUUAUAAAUCUGGUUGUUCUAUAAAAGUAGAGUGCACAAAAAAAAUGUCUUGUGUUUUAUACUAUCUAACAUUUGGGGGAAAUGUGUUACAGCAAAUUACAGUUUAUCACCAUGCCUUUUUUUUGGUUUGUUUUGUUUUCUGUAAAGGAUCACAAAAUUUGAGGACCAUAAAUUAAUCACAGCAUAUAAAUGGAAAAAAAGGGUGUCAUUUUUCAGCUAAAGUGUUGUUAGUUGUUGCUGACACAGUAUCCCUACCAAUAAUAUGUGGAUUACAGCACUGUCAUGGCUGACCCACCAACAAACACAUCUGUUGAGUAGAAUGACUUUGAAGUGAAUGACUUCUCGUAAUGACAGGGGUUUUUAUUAACUCAUAUUAAAGAUAGUAAUUUUGUGAUUAUAAACAGUAA